AUGUCUUCAAAGUUGUACUACAACAUCCUUGGUCUCCAGCUCUCCCGGGAUGCUGUGAACAAGAAUGACGCCCGGGCAGCUAUCCUGAGAAAGCUAGAGCCUCUAUUCCUAGCUUUCGAUGGGGAAGCCCGGGUUGGCAACGCCACCGCCCUCGAGAACGCGUGGCAGAAAUUUAAACCAGUCGAGGUCGGCGCCUGGAUGCAGGAGUUCCAGACCAAGUCGAUCGACGAACUGUGUCCCUGGGGUGGAAAACUCGACUCGACCCUUGCUCUCCAGCUGAACUAUCCGCCGGAGAAAAAGUUGAAUGAGCGCCACGGGCGAAGUCCCGACCUCAGCGUGUCACCGUGUAUCAGGAAGCUCCAGAAAUCCGGUUUCCACACGAGCAAUGUCAUCUGGCUUGACACAUUUUGCCGCCAGGAGAAGAUCCGCCUCGACGGCGAUGGCAAGAAAGAGGCCACAAGGUGCAAGCCUUGGGCUCAAUACCCAGCUUCUGUGCGGGACUGCCAUCUCGCCUUUGUCGAGGAUGCGUACCGAUGUACUGGCACCAAGGUGAUUGUUCUUUUCGGCAAGGACAAUCAAGAGGGCUACAAGUCGCGCUGGACCGACAGGCUUGACCAGAUUCGUCUGUGGGGCGACCAGUUCGCUGGUGUGAAACGCUGGGUUGUAUACACGACUCCUGAGCGGACCGCCAUCGAACAUUUGGUACUGCCCGCCAUGCAUCCUGAGGGCCUUUCAAGGUCACGAUCACUCGACCGCCCCAUCGAAGCGGAUCGAACCUACCUGACCGCGUCGACCAUGUGUUGCAUUGUCCGGUCAGAGAAAGCCAUUGCCAUGCAGCAGCACCUCACCUCUGAGCAAGAGCACCGGAGGAUCCAAGACCUUCGUACGGACGAGGAGAAAGCUGCUGUUGCCGAACGCGCCAGGCAAGCCAGAGCCAAAGGCAAGGUGGCGUCCAAUACGUCUAUUAUGGUUCGCAACUCUGUCCCCGGCACUGAACCGGUAGAGACCCACUGCCGCAAAUGCGGUUCCACCCGUGUGGAUCAUUCGCCGAGGUAUUGGGACAAAGACCCCCAGUUCUACGUGACUAGGGACCUCAAGUGCGACAACUGUACCGAGAUGCUUGAUGAUGCCGCCCCUGGGAAAAGCGCAACAAGAACCUUCAUCCCAGUCAACAGACUGGUGCCUUGGAUCCUUGCCAUGGAGGCAGAGUUCGCAAGGACUCCGCUUACGCGGAUGCUGGGCACAAACAUCACCCGCCAAACCCAGCAGGCGGACGGCAUCUCCUUGGAAGGUCCUCCCAUCCUUUUCACCGUUCCCCCAGGCUCGGGCGAUGAUUAUGACGGCCCAGUCACCAUAACCGGCCUGAGUGAUAACGCUGGCGAUCCUAACAUUGCCAAGUCGAAGUGCCCAAAGAACGACAAAAGGAUGACCCGCAAUGGCAGGCAUGGUGUUCAUCGGCAAAUGGCGUUUGCACCAGCGGCCGCUCCUAUCCCUGCUGCUGCUCCUGCUGCCACCACCACGACUGCCGCCGCGGUGCCUGUUGUUCCCCACCGACUCAAAUCGGCGGAAACAAUUCAAGCCGAGCAAUCGGCUGCAUAUCUCGCCCUGGGGAACCCGGCUGCUCAGCCAGUGAUGCCCGCUCCCGCUCCCGUUCCCGUCCUCGCUCCUGCGUCCGACAAGGGGAACUGGGGAAUCAAGCGCCGUGUGCCAGCGGACGCCAACCCACCAAAGUCGACAAAGUCCACCAGGGCCAAGAAGACCAAGGUGGAGGACCCUGGCCAGUCGAAAAUCAGCAGCUUUUUCGGCAAGCCUCAAGAUGAGUGA